UCGUUUUCUUAAACCAGAGAUUGACUCUUAAAAGAAAUGGAGAAUUUCUUAAAAGUGUUAAUGAUAUAAGUUUCCAUGUAGAUAACAGAAAUAAAAUUGUUAAAAAUAUUUGCUCUUAUUUUGUCAAAUCUUCUCCGCAUCUUGCAGGAAACACAGGAAAAUACAUUUUGUAAGAACUCUCACCUGUGAAGCUUUGAUGACAUUCUACUCAAAACUUAUCUCUGAGCUUGGGCGUGGAACAAACAAGCUUCAAAGAGAUUGCUUAUUCUGGUUAUGCUGUCUUGUUGAACAUGCUCCAACUAUUGUGUCAUCCCCUACCAAGACUUCAUAUUUCAGGUCCUUUAAACCUCACAAUCACGAGUGCAUGCAUCAAAGAACUUACAGAACACUGAGGAAUCUUUCAGGAGUUCCCUCCUUGUCUUCUUGGUCAGGUCUUCUUCUAAUGCAGCAACCAAAUAUCUUUGGAAGGCAAGGUAUUCUGGGAAGCUGGCUCCCUGCCAGGUACAUAAAUAAUGAAUCAGUUGAGCUGAAGACUGACAAUGAUGUUGUGCGGUUCUCUCUGGACAAGUCCGAUGAUAUUAAUUCUACAAAAAAGACCCAGAAGAACAAAAAAGUUAAAAUGUCUAAAAAAGCUAAAGUGAAUGAGCUCAGGUUCUACCGUUUGAAGGCUAAGAAAAAGAUGAAUUCCCCAAAUCCAGAGAUAAGAAUUAGAUAUAAGCUUGAAAAGGCCAAGCGGAAGGAAGCUUGGUUGAUUGAGAAGCUGAGAAAAUAUGAUGUACCAAAACCCCCUCCAGAAACAUUUGAUCCUGAAAUUUUAACUGAGGAGGAAAGGCAUUACCUGAAGCGCACAGGUGACAAAAAGAAACAUUAUGUUCCAGUCGGGAGACGGGGAGUAUUUGGUGGGGUAGUUCUUAAUAUGCAUCUUCACUGGAAAAAUCAUGAAACCGUAAAGGUUACCUGCAAGCCUUGCAAACCAGGGCAAGUACAUGAAUAUGCUGAAGAGCUUGCUCGACUGAGCAAAGGCAUUGUAAUUGACAUCAAGCCAAAUAAUACCAUCAUCUUUUACCGUGGAAAGAACUACGCACAACCGGAAGUAAUGUCUCCUCCAAAUACAUUAUCAAAAGCAAAGGCCUUGGAGAAAUAUAGGUUUGGCCAAUCCCUUGAGCAUACUAGCCAUUUCAUUGAAAGGUUGGAGAAAGAGCUUGAAGAGUAUCAUCAGCACCUUGCAAAGUUUGGAAAAGGGAAAGAGGAUACCACCACUAACAAUGGAUUGGAGAAGCAUGACUCUAAUUUUUCUGGACGCCAAAUGUCACAUAAAUGAGGCUCACACAACCUGAUCGUGUUGGCUUUGGAGGAAAUGUAAGAUUCGUAACCUUCAUCAUUUUCAAGUGGUUUAAGGUCAGCAUAACUUUUGCAUGAUAUAGGAAGUGUCCAUAUUAGGAUUGAAUCCUGAUGUCACAAAGGAAAAGGUUACUAAUUCCUCAUAACAAUACACGUUACAUGAUAAUAUGUCGUUUUAAAUGAAUUAGUGUUAUUAAGCAUGUGAUACCAUUGGUUUAUUUCCUCAUAUUUCCUUCAUGAUCCACCAGAAUGACUGAUAUUUGCACUUUUUUUUUUUCAAAUACAUAGAAUUAUUUGUUCAGUAACCUUCAAUAACACCAUAUAUCUCACAAUUUAUUCUAUUUAAUUAAAUUCAGAGUUUUUAUUUUCAUUUUCAUUUUAUAAUUUUAUU